CCGAUCAUCGAUCGCGGCGACAGAGGGAGUAGAUUUUGAAAAUGCGCAUCACUCUCAGUCCUUUCGCAACUCCUCUCUAUUUACUGAUAAUAAUCACUCCGAUCAUCUACUUCAUAGCCAAAGCAAUUUUCUCAACUACUACUCCCAUCGAAAUGUCCAAGCCUCUCGCCCACGCCUCCAUCGUUGCCCGCCGCUCCAGCGAGCGCGGCUACGCCGAACACGGCGGCUGGCUGAAGACCUUCCAUACCUUCAGCUUCGCCAACUACUAUGACCACAAAUUCAACCAAUUCGGCAGCCUCCGCGUGCUCAAUGAAGACCGCGUUGCAGCCCGCAAUGGGUUUCCAACCCACCCUCACCGCGACGCUGAGAUCUUCAGCUACAUCCUUAACGGCGAGCUCACACAUCGCGACAGCAUGAUCAAGAAGGGCGCCGAGGGUGCGCAGGGCAAGCAAUUCUAUCGCAUGAAGAGGGGUGAUGUACAGUUCACGACCGGUGGCACAGGCAUUGCGCAUUCCGAACAGAACGAGUCCAACAAGCCGGUACACUUCCUUCAGAUCUGGGCCCUCCCAUGGAAGUACGGACUCAAGCCUCAAUACCACACGAGAACAUUCGAUGAAGCUGCGAAGCGACAAGGCUUCGUGCAUAUUUUGUCGCCGCUCGCGGCGGGGCCGGAGGCCACGCCCGCAGAGGAGGAGGCUGCCGUCCCGAAGAUCCCCGAGACUAUCCCCAUUCAUGCGGACUUCGUCAUGGGUGCUGGUAUUAUCGAGCCUUCGAAGACAUUCCAAUGGACGGUAGGCGCUGGUGAUGCUGUCACCCAGAAGAAGAAGCGGAACGUCUACGUCCAUCUGCCCAUGACCAAGGGCGGCAAGGCUAAGAUCAGAUUGGACUACCGCGACACUGCAGUUUUGGGCGAAGGCGAUGGUGCUUUCAUCACGGGGGUGAACGCCGGAGACGUGCUCAGCGUUGAGAGCAUCGGGGAAGCUGAAGCGGAAGUCGUUGUCUUGGACAGCAAUUAGAGGCAUUUCUGGAGCUUGUGUUUUUAAACGGCGUCUGUCUUGCGUUCUUGGCAUCUAACUAGCACGGGUCCUUUCGAAUAUUCGGCAUUUGUAUAUUAUGACUAGCUUAUGGCAUAUGUGCGAUCAGGUGUUUAUAAUUAAGAUAUAAUGAUAUUUGAUGA